AGUGCACUUUUCACCAAAACCUUUCAGUGCGCGCAGUGACUCUUUCCUUAUUGGACCAGAUAACUACGCAAGGCAUUGCUCAUCCAAUCACCUGCAUACCUUACGUCAUGGCGCUACAAGGCGACCGCGAAUUGGCUCUCAAGGAACGUUCUAAGUUUUUAUUGGACAAGUUAUACCAGCAGCACAAAAAGUUUAUAAUGAAUAAGUUAUUGGAAGGAGUCGAAUUAUGCUUUAAACUAGUGCUGAGUAGUCCUUAUGACAAAUUUAAAGGAAUCGGCUUUGAAGGGAAUCCACCUGCCAGUAUACUGAAUAACAUUUAUUGGAUUAUUAAAAAGGACUCAAUCUCUUACCGCCAGCGAUUUAUUAAAACGUUGCUUUCGGCUUUUAUGAAUGAGGAAAAGCCCUUUCUUUAUUUGCAGUUCUUAACGGAAAAUUUAGCCUAUUUUCCCUACGAAACUCAUGAAGAAACAAAUUUUGUUUGUUAUUGUAUAACAAACAUUUUAUCAAAAUUACUUAAAGAGUUAACAUUCGACUUUCAAUUUUGCCUCGAGACAAAGGAAGAGUUGUCUGAUGAAGAAGUAGAACUGGAGCACGUGGAGGAUUUAGUAAAAAUCCUCGACGAGUCUUGCUUUAUUGGGGGCUGCACUAAAGCCCUCAAGCUUUUUUUACUUGACACGUUAUUAACUUUUUUAAAAGCUGACAGUCCGCAAAACAGCAGUAAAAAGCUUAAAAGCUGCAUUAACGUUAAGGAGCUGGUAGUGUUAAGCGAAAAAAAAAACUCCGAGAAGCAGAGAAACUUUAAUAUAUACAGCAAAUUUCUUCAGCUCCACAAGAAACAUUCACUGAGAGAAUACCACGAGGAGUGUAGUAAUAGCAACAGUGUUAUUAUUACCGGAAACACCAAGGCAGAGAAAAAUAAAAAAAGAUUUAAUUCUCAAGCUGCUCGAUUUUUACCUAAAAGAUCCAAAAGAAAAUAACUUAGAAAUAUUUACUUGGUAUAACUAGC